UGUUACUUUUCUUCAAGGAGCAAUUGAAUAGCUUUUCUUAUCUUUGCAGAUUGCCGGUGUAGCAUCGCUGGGCAUUUUAAAUUGUAUAUUCUGUUUGCUUUCUGGACUUUUAUUUAUUUUUUUAAUCUAUAAAAAAAACAUGCUGCGUACGAGAGCGGUCCUCUGCCAGUCAUUCCGGCGGUUCCGAACAUUCUCAUGCGCCGCUGUGGAGGUGAAGAAUGAGCCCAUUCUGCAGUUCCUGGAGGGCAGCUCAGAGAGGGCGGCACUGCAGAAGGCCCUGAAUGAGCUGAAGGGGAAAACAGAGGAGAUCCCCUGUGUGGUGGGGGAUGAGCAGAUCUGGACCAAAGACAUCAGAUACCAGCUGUCGCCCUUUAAUCACUCUCACAAAGUGGCCAAAUUUUGCUACGCUGAUAAGGACGUACUGAACAAAGCCAUCAUAGCCUCUGUGUCAGCCCGCAGAGAGUGGGACUUAAAGCCCGUCCAGGACAGAGCCCAGAUCCUCUUCAAGGCUGCGGACUUGAUCAGUGGCCCCCACAGGGCCGAGCUGCUCGCCAAGACCAUGAUAGGCCAGGGCAAGACGGUAGUGCAGGCUGAGAUUGAUGCCGCUGCCGAGCUGAUUGACUUUUUCCGCUUCAACGCCAAACACGCCAUUGAGCUGGAGCAUCAGCAGCCUCUGAGUGGAGAUGGCAGCACAAACACCAUGCUGUACCGUGGGCUGGAGGGCUUUGUUGCAGCUAUUUCGCCCUUCAACUUCACUGCUAUUGGAGGAAACCUGGCAGGGACACCAGCCCUGAUGGGUAACGUCGUGCUGUGGAAGCCCAGCGACACGGCCAUGUCCGCCAGCUACGCUGUCUACAAGAUCCUGCGGGAGGCGGGACUUCCUCCUAACGUCAUCCAGUUCGUGCCAGCGGACGGCCCCGUGUUCGGGGACACCAUCACAGCCUCCGAGCACUUGGCCGGCAUCAACUUCACAGGCAGUGUCCCGACUUUCAAACAACUCUGGAAGCAGGUGGCGGAGAACCUGGAUCGCUACCGGAAUUUCCCUCGAGUGGCAGGAGAGUGCGGGGGGAAGAACUUCCACUUCGUGCACCAGUCGGCCGACGUCGGGAGCGUGGUGAUGGGGACGAUCCGCUCCGCCUUCGAGUACGGGGGGCAGAAGUGCUCCGCCUGCUCCCGGAUGUACGUGCCCGGCGCACUGUGGCCGCGGAUCAGGCAGGAGCUGCUGGCCGUGCACAGGCAGAUCCGGCUGGGCAACCCUGUUGAGGACUUCAGCACAUUCUUCUCUGCUGUAAUUGACAACAAGUCUUUCAGUCGCAUUAAGAAGUGGCUGGACUAUGCCAAGUCUUCUCCCAACCUGACCAUUCUUGCCGGGGGUCAGUGCGACGACAGGCAGGGGUACUUUGUGGAGCCCACCAUCAUUGAGACCAAGGAUCCCCAGGACAUCAUCAUGAAAGAGGAAAUCUUUGGCCCAGUCCUGACUGUAUAUGUGUACGCUGAGGAGGACUACAGAAAUGUAUUGCAGCUGGUUGAUAGCACUUCACCAUACAGCCUCACAGGGGCAGUGUUUGCCCUUGACAAGAGCGUGUUAGCCGAGGCUGGAAAGGUCUUGAGAAAUGCAGCUGGCAACUUCUACAUCAACGACAAAUCCACUGGCUCCGUUGUGGCCCAGCAGCCGUUUGGGGGCUCCAGAGCUUCGGGCACCAAUGACAAGCCAGGAGGCCCACACUACGUUCUGCGAUGGACUUCGCCCCAGGUUGUCAAGGAGACCCAUGUUCCACUAACAGAAUGGAAGUACCCCUAUAUGGGGUGAAGCUGACACAACCCCCCCAGCCACCGCCUCCCACUCCCACCCCUCCCUUCUCUAUCGAAGAGAACGUGAGCCUACCCAACCCCUCCCAGAAAUAAAACAGGACCCGCAGAUUUGACUGAUUUGAUCAUGAGUGAAUAAGAAGCUGAGAGUGUAUUAUAAAAUGAUUUGAGCUCUUUCUGGUUUAAAUGGAAGACUGGAGUAUUGUGCUUUGCAGUACGUUGACCCGUCUCAGUGGGAUAGCACUGAAAUUAGAAGUAGCUGUACUUCUCAAGGGGUGUGGAAGCUAUAGUGACCGAACACUCAUGUCCCUGAAAGUACACCAAUGUACAGACCUCUCAACACUGCUAAAAAUUACCACAAUUUCAAAUUUCUUCUUAAUUAUUUGUCUAUAGCAAGACCUAUAAGAAAUGUAUGCUUAGAGGUGUGACAUGUAUAUUAGGAUUUUAUUUUUUUAAUUAUCUUAAAAGUAAGGGGAGGAAAAAAUUAGCAGAGCUUCUGAAUCAGUCUGUAUUGACCAUCAUUCCUCAUACUGUAUAGGUUUUGAAUCAUGGUUACCAUAUGCAUACUCCAUGUAUUAUCGACAUUAUUGAGUGAAAUGAAAGGGGGAACUCUAGUGAAAACCUGUCUAACUGCUGUAUGGUUGUGUGGAAGACACAGUGAUCAGAGUCGGUGCACUGAAAGUCAUUUUGUAGUCUUUUUAUCCCAGCUGGAUGGUGUGGUUUAUACUGUGAGCUUGCUAAAGUCCGGGUUUGAAAAGCAUUACUCAACCUCUCUGAAAGUGUAAGUGAUGAGGGCUGCAGUUGUAAUGAAGGAGACUGUCUUGAAGGGCUGUAGCUUUGCCUUUCCCUGGUUGGGAGCUACAUCCCUUCAUGUUACAACUGUGUAAUUUUAAAUCAUGAUUAAAUCCUAACCAUCUUCCACUGCUGUAAUUCACUCUGGCAAGCAUGCAGACCUUGAAAACAUGCAAACCAAAUAGUGAUCUAAUGUUUUUGAUCUGGAAACAUUCUGUAACUUUAUAGAUCUGUUCAUACUGUCUUGCAUUGUCUACAGUGAAAAUAAUAGAUACUGACAAAUACAGUAUUUUGAAUAAUUAUGUAAUUAAUUUCUUUUGUGAGAAAGUUACAUUUGAUCUGUUUCUCAAGUGAAUUUGUCACUAUAUAAUGUUGAGUAUAAUAUUAUCAAAACAUGACAGGCAGAUAUCGAGGUUUAGUAACACUAAUGAAAUGUUAGAAAUAUUUCAGUGGAAAAUUCCAGUUUAACCAUUAGUCCAUUUUUCUCUUAUAAUGCAUCACUUGAGCUAAAUCAUUGCUAAGGAAUAUUUUUUCAAACGCAAUCUCAGAUCAAUGUUAUUGAUAAAUCAACUGAUUUAACAUGAGCUGUUGAAGCACUGGGUUUGUAACAGCUGAUGUCCAAUAUCCUGGUUGUCCAAAACCAUUCAGGAAUCUAUGGGUACUAUAUAUAUACAGUAUAUAGUCUUCUCAAAUGUCUAAACUUCUAGUUUGAAAUGUGCAGUUUUUCAUAAGAGAUCUACUAAUUAUGGUGUGGUUAAAAUUAUUCUAAAAUUAUACCUUUUUUAUUAUUCGAAAUACUGCAAAACAAAAGCCAGCUUUUGCGCCCAUUUUAAAAUAAAUGAGAAAAUCUUUAAAAAGGUAGAUCUCCUUGAUAACAAAUGGUGGUUCCAUAUUCUGACAUAUUUUACAUUAUCGUGGCCUUGUAAUCACUGCCUAAAACAAGGGCUUGCCAUUUUUAAUAACUGAUUUUCAUACAGUAAUAACAUUUUGAAGCCGAUUUUAUUCAGGAUGUGCUUGUGAAGGUCUAGAAUUUAGAAUGUGUCAGCACCGGUAUUGGCUAUUUGUCAUAUUGAGUACUAUGUGCUGUUAGUAAAAGGUAAAAAAUCAA